UUUGAUGUGUCAACUGUGACGACUGUUGAGAAACUGUUUUCUUUUUAUUACUAACGACAAGUUAUUGUAUAUUUUUUUAUUCCAGAAAAUAUGUGCCGUUGAUUUGGUCAUGUAGAAAUGAAAUAUUAGGUCUCAUUGCUGUGGGCUGAAAUAAAACAAAUGCUGAGUUAAAUCGGAAAUUGUGCUAUAUAUACACUGUGUACAUAUAUAACUCCUUAUAAAGAAAGUUAGGGAACAGAUUUAAUAACGCUUGGACAUCAAUUUUUGUGAAAACAUCGUUACUUGGUUAAAUUUUAUAGGAUUUCGUGAAGUAAAGUCAACACACGCGUAGAUGUAAUCCAUUGAAAAUUGUACUGAACUGCUUUUAUUCUUUUUGAGCUUACCAAACUAUUCUUUAACCCAUUAACAGGAAUACGUUGGAAUCUGAAAUGGGUUGUGACAGCUCGGCCCUCCCCUUAGAAUUUUGGUUGUGAUUAUAGUGUGGUCUGUAUUGUAGCUAGAGAUUUCUUUUAAGUAGGAAGGUGGUAGUUAUUUCUGUUCAAGAAUUCGACGGUGGUUUCGAGGGAGUCAUUAAGGAGAAACAUCGUUACUAGUCACCACAUUUCUCCAUGACAAAGAUAGACGUAGGAUAAUGUUGAUCAUUUUUUACUUCCAGUGUGGGAUCCUUCUCCCACCCCCCAUCACCCUUGGAAUAUUUGUUGUCAUGACAGACUGAUCCCUCGCGUAAUCCGAGGUCUAGCUAAAACUUUACAAAAGAUGAUGCACGCUGAUGGCGAUAGUCCAAGACCUCUUGAAUGCUCUGCAGCUCACAUAGAAAAAGUAUUGUACCAGCAAAUGAAGUCCCUCUUAAAUCAAGCAAAUGAAGUUGCUAAAAUGAGAGGAGCAAAAUCAAUUGAAGCAAUUGAUUUUCUUUUCUUAAUGCGAAAGAAUAGAGUGAAAGUCCGUCGAUUACUUGAUUAUUUUGCUGUGAAGGAUGCUAGAAGCAUAUUUAAUGCAGAAGCCCUCAAAGCUGACCAACCUAUUCAGAAAUCAUGCACUCUACAAAAGUGUUUAAAAGUAUUGAGAAAGAUUGAUAUUACUGGAGAACUGACAGACAGAAGGAUUAAAUUGUUUGAUGAAGUCAAAAACAGGAGACGACUUCGUGCUGAACUUGUGUCUCGGUUAUUAAAUGAGAAGAGAUACUUAGAAUAUGCAGCUGCUCGGACAGUGUCCUUCACAUUUGCACCAAAGAAGAGUGGUUUUAGGCUUAAUAUGUGGCUUCUUUCAAAGGGUGAAAAACUUCCAAGAUUGCCAAAGGAAAAGUCGCUUGGGUGUCAAAUACUCUGUUAUUUGGCUCGAGAAACUGUGUCACAAAUAAUGGACCUUACCUUUCUAGCUAGAGAAGAUAUGACAAUUACACGUGAUCCAGUUAACAAAAAUUAUCCAGCACUGUUUGGACCAAAUCUGCCUCAAUUUCCUAUGGAAGGAGUAGAGAAGAUUUAUGGCAUAACACCAGUAAUUCCUUCAGAGAUUGAAGCGGCUUUAGCACGUUAUUGGUCUCCGUGUUUCUAUCCAUUCAGUACAUUUUCACGAAAUGUGGGACCCCAAGUCCAUAAAAGGCUUCUAGCAUGCUGACGGAAGGAAAAAAAAAAAAAUCAUACAGUUGAUACUCCAUCUUUUUCAGAUAUUGUCUGUAGGUUUCACGUGACUUACUGACAUGUUGACUGACUUUGUACUGAUUAGCACUUUAAAACAAGGUGAAAAUGAUAUGUAAGUUGUACAGUGUAUUUAGGUAAUUUAUUUUAUUUCUGCUGUUUUUGUAAGUAAUUGCAUUAUAAAUGCUUACAUAGAAAAAGGUAAA